GAACGUGAUGAGACUUGAUUUCAUCAAUGCGUAUCCCAUCUACAUAACUUAAACAUCAUAUCCAAUCUCAACCAUAUUGCUCCCUCUCAGCCCAAAAAUGUCGACCAACGACACCCAUCCACAAGUACUAGAUGGUGAGCCAACUAAAACCACCACCUACCUCCGUGACACAGCCACAGCUGUUAUCCAAAGCUUCACUCCCAUUAACAAAAUCCACCAACAUCUUUGCGCGUUUCACUUUUACUCUUAUGACAUGACCCGGCAAGUGGAGGCACACCACUAUUGCGGGCACGUGAACGAGGAGAUGAGGCAGUGCCUUAUCUACGACCGCCCCGAAAAGAAGGGUAGGCUUAUAGGGCUCGAGUACAUCAUCUCCGAAAACCUGUACUUGACACUGCCCGACGAGGAGAAGAUUCUGUGGCACUCUCACUUGUACGAGGUCAAGAGUGGCCUCCUCUUGUUGCCAAAUGUUCCCUCUCCAAUACACUGCAAAGACAUGGAGCUAGUGUGCAAGACUUAUGGCAAAGUCUUCCAUUUUUGGCAAGUUGACAAGGGUCACUCUCUCCCAUACGGGAUACCACAGCUCAUGAUGUCUUUCACUAGAGAUGGCCAGAUCUAUGAUCACCUAGUCCAAAGUUGUGCGCAGCGUUUGGGGAUAGACUUUGAGAAAGAAAGAAAAAGCAGGGAAUAUAUGACAGGGCCAGCUCACGGAAUUCAUCCAUUGGCCAAUGGAGGAGGCAAGGGCCUUGAGACUCGCCUGAGGGAGGUUGAGCUGAAGCAUGACGCACCUCCAUCAUCUGCCACCGGGGUCUCUGUUUGAACAUGUUAAGCUGACAUAUGGGACACCCUUUUCAGAACUUGUUAUAAAAAUAAUAUGUUUUCCAAGUCAUUGCUAUUAUAAAUAUGUAUUAUAUGUUUGCUGUGGCCGAUUAUCUUAAGAACCUAUAUAUGUAACUGUUUACUAUUGUAGCUGCAUAAAUGUGUUGGCAAUUCUGAAUGAGUGAACUCAAGCAAAUUGUGAUUGA